UCUCUCUCCCUCUCUCUCUCCUUCCCUGUCUCACGCUAUUGCCCCCCUCCUCCACCUCCUCCUUCAUCCCAAAGCUGUCAUCCUGAGCAGUGUUUGAGACGACGGCUCAAUCCCUAAACGCCCGGAUGAGAGCAGCAGGCGACAUUCAGGGCAACAUGGUCGUAUAAGUCGAGCCGAGUGGAGGGCAACCACUCCGAAGGGGGACGACGGCCACUGCUGGAAUCUGUGACAUUUUCGACGCAACCCACGGAGAACGGUUCUGGGAAAAUACAGGCAGAGAUAGAGGCGUGGAGGCGAGGAGGAACAGCACAUUUCCCCCCUUUGCGGUGUCCUAUUUCGUUGGUGACAGAACGUGCAGACAGGCUGUCUCACACUAAGCUAUGGAAUGCUCCCUGCACCCACCAUCACUAGUCUCCAAUCUUUGGACUGAGCUCCAAACGCUUAGUUAGCGGCUGUGCUUCUCCCCUCGAACUCUUUACAACCAGGGGACGAAGAAAAGGAGUGGGCUUACCAAGUCCUCCGCUAAAAACGCACAGAGCACUUCUCUUUUUUCUCUCUCUUUUUUUUUUUUUUUUUAAAAAAAAGAAAGAAUAUUUAAGCUACUUUUUUAUUUGUUUUUUUUUCUUCACUUGGAUUUUUGUUCUGGUGAAAUCAUAUCAAGAUGGAUUUGGAACCGUAUCUGUGGAUGGUGGUUAUUGGCUUCAUCAUCGCCUUCAUCCUGGCCUUUUCAGUGGGCGCCAAUGAUGUGGCCAACUCAUUCGGCACAGCAGUGGGGUCCGGUGUGGUCACACUGAAGCAGGCCUGUAUCCUGGCGUCCAUCUUUGAGACACUGGGCUCGAUGCUGCUCGGGGCCAAAGUGGGUGAGACGAUCCGGAAGGGCAUCAUAGACGUCAGCCUGUACAAUGACACGGUGCCCGUGCUCAUGGCAGGGGAGGUCAGCGCCAUGGUUGGCUCAGCAGUCUGGCAGCUAAUCGCCUCCUUCCUCAAACUGCCCAUCUCUGGGACUCACUGCAUUGUUGGGGCCACCAUCGGUUUCUCCAUGGUGGCCAUUGGCACCAAGGGCGUACAGUGGAUGCAGCUCGUCAAGAUCGUGUCAUCAUGGUUCAUCUCCCCUUUGCUCUCUGGACUAAUGUCUGGACUCCUCUUCUUGCUCAUCAGACACUUCAUCCUCAACAAGGAUGACUCUGUCCCUAAUGGCCUGCGAGCGCUGCCCCUCUUCUAUGCUUCCACCAUCGGGAUCAACACAUUUUCCAUUAUGUACACUGGAGCCCCACUGCUCGGGUUAGAGAUGCUGCCGGUGUGGGCCAUCUUUCUCAUAACUUUAGCCGGGUCGCUGAUCUGUGCCGCUCUGGUCUGGAUAUUUGUGUGUCCUUGGAUGAGGAGGAAAAUAGCAAGUCGCCUAAAGAAGGAGCAGGCUCUUUCCAGGAUCUCUGAUGAGAGCCUGGACAAGAUACCUGAAGAGGAGGAGGAGAGUCCAGUCUUUAAGGAGCUUCCAGGGGCCAAGGGAACAGAUGAGGCUGUGUUGCCGCUCACCGGGGGCAGCAGUGAUCGGAGCACCCGCGACUCCAGUGGAGAGCUCACCAAUCUGGCCAAUGGAGGCACUGUCCUGCCAAAUGGCAGGGUGUAUGGUCGGACCCACUCAAUGACCAAUGGUUGCCUCAAGUCACCCAUCUCUAAUGGCAGCUUCAGCUUUGAUGGCCACAUGCGCAGCGAUGGCCAGGUGUACCACACGGUACAUAAGGACUCGGGUCUUUAUAAAGACCUCCUCCACAAAAUCCACCUGGGCCGCAUGGAUGACAGCGAGCGCUCAGGCUCUAACGCCGGCCCCCCUGACAACAAUUACCGCCUGCUGCGCCGCAACAACAGCUACACCUGCUACACAGCGGCGAUUUGCGGUAUGCCUGUGCAGCCGCUCCUGCGCACGGAGUCACGUGAGGACAGCGAAAAGCUGGUGGGUGAGGGGGGCGGCAGGAGCAACAGCGUGUCCUACUCCAAGAAGAGGGUACGCUACGACAGCUACUCAUCGUACUGUAACGCUGUGGCCGAGGCCGAGAUUGAGGCAGAGGAAGGCGGGGUGGAGAUGAAGCUGGCCACAGAGCUGGAGGGGGUGGAGGAGGAAGGUGCUCCGGCUCCGGUGCCUCUGGACGACUUGGCCGAGGAGGAUCAUGAGGAGAAGGACAAGCCCGAGGUGUUCCAGCUUUUCCACUUCCUGCAGAUCCUCACUGCCUGCUUUGGGUCGUUUGCCCACGGAGGCAACGAUGUCAGUAACGCCAUCGGCCCUCUGGUGGCGCUGUGGAUGAUCUAUGACCAGGGCGGUGUGAUGCAGGACGCCGCCACUCCCAUCUGGCUGCUGUUUUAUGGUGGCAUAGGCAUCUGCGCCGGCCUGUGGGUGUGGGGCCGCCGCGUCAUUCAGACCAUGGGGAAGGACCUGACUCCCAUCACGCCCUCAAGCGGAUUUUGCAUUGAAGUAAUGAGUGCGCUAACAGUGCUUGUUGCAUCAAAUGUGGGCAUCCCAAUAAGCUCCACCCACUGCAAGGUGGGCUCUGUCGUAGCUGUGGGUUGGAUCCGCUCCCAGAAAGCAGUGGACUGGCGCCUCUUCAGGAACAUCUUCCUGGCCUGGUUCGUCACAGUGCCCGUGGCUGGCUUGUUCAGCGCUGCCGUCAUGGCACUGUUCGUCUAUGGCAUCCUGCCCUUCGUCUGAGGGCAUGCAGCUGGGAGGGAGAACAGAGGAGGAAAGAGAAGAGUCAGAGAGAGAGAGAGAGAGAGAGAGAGAAAGAAAUAAAGAAGGAGAGGAAACUUGGGUAAAAAUCAUAGCUCGAGUGUCAGGGGUGUAGAUCAAAGAGAAGGAAAUGAAGAGAGGGAGAGGGCAAGGGUGACGGGGAAGAGAAGGAGGAGAGCUGGGGGAGCUGCAGAGGUUUACAGAUGGACUUGGUUGUACUGUGGAUGUGAGGAGGGUUGGUUCACAUGCUGCCUGGCUCCAUAGUCCAGAGAUCUUUUUGACUCAAUUGAGUUUCUGAUCGUUUUUUUUUUUUUUUUUUUUAAUUUAUUCUCUUUUUUUGGGUGCAUAAGAAAGUGUGUAACCAAGGUGUUAACCUUACCAUUCGAUCUGCUGUACAUAUGACAAUAAUAGGGAGUUUUCCAGUAACUUUUAACAUGAAUAAUGGUUGUUGGAGAAACAGUGGCAGUCACCCUCUGUCUCUUCAUGAAAAAAAAAAUCACAACUUUAAAAAAUACAGACAGCACAUGACUAAAAAUGAUCCAAAAAACGUUUAAUUUUGCACACCUAAACCAACAAACAUGCCUGCAGUAAAACUAUAUCCCUCUGCCUGCAAACCCAGGUAGCGUAGUUGGUCAAGUGCUUAUUAUUAUUAUUAUUAUUAUUCCAAAACGCCAGAAAAAAACCUGUACAUAUUGUUGUAUUGGAUUGAAUGUGAUUUGUUGUAUUGCAGCUCGCUUUAAAGUUAAAAAAAAAAAGAAAAGAAAAGAUGUGCGUGUGGUCAACCAACCCAUCCAUCAUCUCACUGUUAACAUGCCAGCCAGGUACAACUGGGGCCAAAUGGAAAGGACGCCUCAGAGAAGAGGGAUGGUGGGACUGUCACUCUGCUUUUUUCAUUUUCCACAUGAUACCAUAGAAACCUGAUUUGCUAAAGAGUUGAUUUUUGUCAAAAGCUCCUGUAUGUUUUUAGAGAUGGAUCUCAUAUUUUUUAAUGAUGUAUUAUACUGUAAUUUGUACUGUAAAUACUGUCCUUAAGAGUUUUGGGGGUGGGAUGGGGGGUAGGUGGGUGGUGUGGGUGUCAUGGUUUGUAUUUAAUGUUAUAAGGGGAGGGGGAGGGAGCUCUUCACCCUUCAUGAUGUCAUAUCAUACAGUAUAGUUUCAUCCCAGAGUCUCACAGUAGAGUACACACACACUAAUGAACACACACUUGACGGGCUGCUGUUUUGUGGCAGUUGGCAGAAGUAUUGAUUGGAAAACAGUAUUUAAAUUUUAAGUAAUGAAUCGAAUCGAAUCGAAAAAACUGGAAAUAUUCUAAUAUUCCCCUUGAUUUGUCACAUCACUAAAUUCAACAGUAUUGACAGUAAGUUCUUGAAAAUGUUGAGCUGGGUUUCCAAUGGCGAUAUUCGAAGGAGGUCGUUCUUUUAUGAGCAGCGCCAUGCCAAAGUAAGCUGUGUUGUCGCCAUGUCAGCAUGCCAAUUUAAAGUAGAGGAAUGAGGUUUAGGUGCAGCAAAAGCCAAAACACUAAAACUGAGACAAAUACACACUAAUAAGGUCCCAUUAAUUGUUCACAUAUCUUCAUCUGUAUGCCUUUACAUUUAGCUCAGUUACUGGAGUCAGUUCCUCAUAUCGAAUGCUCCCUGCCAAUGAUGGACCUCUACACUGUCCACAUUCAGGUCAUUUCAGAUCUCCCACCCUGUUUGCCGGUCAGAUUACAUGGUCUGAUCUGUUUCAGUAGCCCUGGACCUCAGUCUCAUACCCAUCGUGUGACAAAUCUGAGGUGUGUCUCCCAAGAUGCCUCCCAAAGUGAAAGCCUUGUUGUGUCAGACAGCGAUUAUGUGUCAUAUCAAACACUAAUAAGUCGAACUGUUGUAUUAUAACCAGUUAUCAAGAGGUGGAAGGAAAGGGGAUUCAACCCCAGCCAAACGUGUAGCUCCUCAUAAUGGGCUGGUGGUGUUUGAAGUGUAGAAGCAUUUAGUCUAUUGAUCACCUGUGUUUCAAUCUAAGUGAUAAAGGUUAGGUAGACAACAUAGGGUCAAGUUGAGGGCUGAAUCGAAGCUCAGAUGGGGGGUUUUAAGGCCGCUCAUGUCACAAAAAUAUCACAAGACUUUUGUCUUAGGAUCAUUAUGUUUGAAUGAGAUGGUAUCGGGGGGAUAGUACUGAUCAUCACCAGCUUUUUAACAGGGUCACCUGACCUGUAGAUGAACAAAGUCUAAAGCUUUUUUUAUUUGAACAAACUCGAUGCCAGGUGUUGCAAAUUCUUUUUGUUCUUGUGGUGUGUUUCCUAAUUUCUUUUUUUUUUCUCAUGAACAAAUCUAUGCUUAAGUAGCCACUUGCCUUGUAACAUUGUGUUUUACUUUGUGCAGAUACAGUAAAAUAAUUAACUACUGUGGUGUUUACAUCGUAACCAUAUUGUAGAGUAUCUGAAAAAAAAACUGUUGCCUAAUGAUGCCAAUGAAAGACAAACUAUUAACCAUGAAUUUUUAAGUGCAAGUAAAAAAAAUAAUAAAAUAACCAGAAGUGUCUAGAGAGAAAGAGAGAGAGAGCAAGUGUGUGCGCGAUGACCUGUUUUUCAUUUUUUGUUGUAGUAGUAGUGCUAAUCAUGAUCCCUGUCACUUUACACUGCUACUACAAUGCGUUAACACUACAUGUAUGGGUGCAAUUCAGUGAUGAAGAGAAUAACUAGAGAAAUUUCAUCAAGACUAUAUAUUUUUCUACCAUAUCUGAGUUUUAACCUGGGUGAGCUUCCAGACACUUUGAGGGACACACUGUGGGGUUGGUGGGAAAUUGGUAAACAAGGACUAGUUAUGAGAUCACAGCGAUAAUGAGAAAUGGUCUUAUUGCAGGGUGUCUCAUCUUGCUGGUGCCAUGUGCCACACUCCCUCCGAGCCCAGUGUGUUCUUCUAACAUGUAGAUUGAUGUGUCGGUUGCCAAUAGAUCAGAUUUUUAAAUUACCAUUUUUAUUUUUGAAUUUUAGAUGAAAACACUUUGUAAUUUUGUUUCCCUACUGCUUUGAUCAUGAGCUGUGAGAGCAGGACAGCAUCUUGCUAAAACCAGGACAACUGCCCACUGAAGGCAAAAUCUAGAAGCAAAAUCUGUGUAGCUGAGAAACGUAAAUCUUAAACUUAGUAACGGAAAACUGGACUGUGAGGACAUUAGUUUCCUUGUUUUGGCAGAUGACCACUCUUGAAGCUCAUAACCUUUUACUCUUCCAGGCCGUGUGUUACACAGGGGGCUGCACGGAGCAGGUGUGUUCAAAUUCUCUUUGUACAGUAAGGGUGUCUGGUGCAGGCCAACCUUAACUGCAGAACUGCAGCCACUGUGGCCUCAUGUGGCAGCUAUGAGAUGACAGUAAAUGUGCUAAAGCACACUGUAACAGAAGCACAAGUAUAAUCAGUCUGAAGUUUGCUAACAUUAGCUAUUAUUAGCCACCACUUGCUACUAGUUAAACCAGACCAAGUAAGGCUGUAGCAGCAAAACCUGAGUGGACUGAAUUGAGCAGGAGUGUUUUAUUGCUUGGGAACUGAACUUUUAAUCUGUAAAAGGAAAAUUUUACUUUCUUUUCUCAAAAGUACAGUUAAAACCUCAUGGUAGCAGCUGUUCAAACUAAUGUAGUAAUCUCCAUCCAUGAUAAAAAUAACAAAGUGUUCACUUGUUAAUGUCUAAAACAAGUGGAAACUUCAUUCUCAGAAUAUGGACACAAAACCUCAGUAAUUAUGUUUCACCUUUUUAGAAAACUGAUAAAAUAAACUUGGUAUGGCCAGAUUCAUUGUUUGGCUGAGGCUGGUGGAAGUUUGUUGCUCUUGUGUGAGUUUAAAUAAACAAUAAAAGUGAGGCUGAAUCCACUUUUCUCAUGUGGGAUUAUGAGGUUUAUUUGUAAAUGGACUGAGGUUCAGCCAGCACGCUUCAGAUAUCUGGUUUGUGCAUCAUCACCAUGCUCUGCAGGCCCCCUUUGUAAAUCACACUGUCAUUUUUUUUGUUUUUCCAUGCAUUCUCAGUCCUGAUAGGCCAAAAGGGAUGCACUGCUCAAGAUGGGGAGGGAAACUGAAAAUCACCCUCUGGUGGCAGUGUUAAAGCGUUUCAAACUCAAAAUUUGGCUCAAAAUUGUAUUUAAACUAGGACUGCAGGGGAGAUAUUAAGGCUGUGGGUUCCAUUUGAUUGUACAUAAGCAAACAAUCCCACAACUGUUGUGAUUCAGAUGUCCCAACAUCUCCUUUUUCCAUCUUAUUGAUGCCCACUUCAAGAGCAGAAAGAAACACAAAUAUAGAAAUCUUGAUUGAAAUAACAAGUGUUUUAUUUUAAGCAGAAAAUUGUGUUUUCAGGACCUUUAAGUGAGUCAGACCUUACAGAGUCUAAUUAUGUUAUCAAUUAUAGAAUUAAAAUUUCUCUUGAUACACAUUUAGUUCAUAUUUUAUCCCAAAAGUUAAUAGUUAUUGUAAAUCUGCAGAUCUGGAUUAGAGGUCUUUAAAAAAAAAAAAAAAAAAAAGUUCAGGUAUGAAUGCAGCCACUAGAUGGUGUAGUCUGCCACUUUCCCUCCCCAUAGAGAGGGACAGCAUUUUAGACCAGUCCAUAUCAACUGAUCAGUAGAAAUCAAUAAGUGGUGUGAUUGCCAUUGAGGGAGUUACUGUGCUGCUUCUGCAUUAUAACUGUUUUGUAACCUUUUCGUAGAGAAAAAAAACUAGAGAAACAGAAUGUGCCAUUUCUUUCUCCCUGAAUGUGCAAUACAAGCUGUUUCUUGUGAAGGUGCAACUACAUUGCUGUCACUCUGUGGUCGUGUAGCUCCACCUGCCCUGGUGUAAUAGCGCCCUCUCCUGUUUGUGUGGAACUAGCACCACCUCACAGAGGUGGAGGGGCAUCAGUUCAGACCUUCAUCUGGAUGUGGCGUGCUGUCUCUAGUUUUCUGGUCUGUUUUGUAAUAGAAUGUGCUCCUUGGCUGGCCUGCAGGCUUUACAGCUCUGUGUUGUCUUUUUACUGUUUACUGCUAUUUAACUGUCCAGUCCUGCAAAAGAAAAAGAAAAAUAAUAAUAAAUGAAUAAAAAAUCUAAAGAAACUGUAGCCUGCUUCUACAAAUCUUAAAGCUCUUCUGAUUUGCAUAUAUCGUACUGUAAUGUUUUAUUUAAGAUUUUAGUGAAAAAUGUCUGCAUUUAAACUAAAUUAUGGGAAUUAAAAUUACAAAGAAUACCUAAA